GAGUCACGGCCGGAGCGAUACCCACCUUGGAGUUCAGCCGCGGGAUUUAAGAGUCAAAUAACAACGCCAGUUCCCGCCGGCGAGAAAAUAAAUCGUCGGUUCGACUUUGAUCCGGAAAAGCUUUUGAAACUUUUGAGAGAAAGUUUAUUUGUUUUUUAAAGAGUUUAUAUAGAGAGCAACAGAGGUCAACAUGGAUGAUCCAUAUCAGUUAGAAACCAUGUAUAGGUGGUUUCAGUACAGUGUGAAAAAAGCGCCUCCGCACAUCAUAAGUCCGGCUGAAGAGAGAAAAUGGAACAUCGAGUACAUAGAACCCUAUGGCAGGUGCACGGUCGCCACGAGGGACAUCGCGGAGGGGGAGGUGCUGUUCGUGGACCACCCAGUCAUCACGGGGCCCAAGCAGAACUCGGAGCUCAUGUGCCUCGGCUGCUACAGGCAACUGGAGAGCUGGGAUAAUUACCGGUGUACUAAGUGCGGGUGGCCGAUGUGCGGCCCUGAGUGCGAGAGCCGCGGUUACCACCUCCUGGAAUGCACCGCUUACCAGGCCGCCAAAUAUAAGCCGAACCUGAAGGACUUUGGCGACGAUCAGUUCAUGUACGAGUCUAUGCUGCCUCUGAGGUGCUUCUUCCUCCAAAAUUUCGAGAAGGACAAAUGGGAGACCUUGAUGGCGAUGGAGAGCCACAAUGACCUCAGACGCGGCACCGAACUCUGGGAGAGGGAACAGACCAACGUCGUCGAUUUCAUUCGCAACAAGAUCAAGGUGCAAGUCGACGAGGAGACCUUGCACACCAUCACGGGCAUUCUGGACGUCAAUUGCCACGAAGUCAGAAGUAAUAUACCCGGCACCAAGGACCAGUACCGAGUGCGGGGCAUCUACCCUCUGUGCGCCAUGAUGUCUCACUUCUGCUCGUGCAAUACCCACCACACGCUCAUGGACGAUAUGACGAUGGUCGUGAUCGCGUCCAGGCCUAUCAAGAAGGGAGAACAGAUGACAGCCUCCUACACGCACCUCCUCUCCGCCACGACCGAGCGGCGGAAGCACCUGAAGUACGGCAAGUUCUUCGACUGCGUGUGCGACCGCUGUGCCGACGCGACGGAGCUCGGCACCUACUUCGGGGCUCUCAAGUGCUCUCAGGCGGGGUGCGGCGGCAACAUCCUGUCCUCGAACCCGACGCAGGUGGACAAUGACGCGCCCUGGAGGUGUGACGAGUGCCAGUACGAGGUGAAAGCAGUGACGGUGGAGCGGCUGAACAAGGUCGUGGCGUACGAGCUCCAGGAGACGCGGGACCAGAACAUCCCCGCCCUCGAGAACAUCUUCAGGAAGUACCAGUUCAUCCUGCACCCGCAGCACUUCCACAUGGUCGGGAUCAAACACACGCUCUCGCAGGUAAUUAG